GAGUAGCGUUGAUUAGUCUGUAGUUGAUUGAAUUCGCUCGCAACGCCAAUUUGAGUAUCGUUGUAGCAGAGAACGUAAAUGUUCUUCUACGUUCUCUGGUUGUAGUCGACGUUCGGAUUAUCAGACGCAGUCGUUUCGUUGUUUCAUUCUAGUUGCUUUAUUCGUUUUCGAGUGCGUGUUGCGACAUAGCGGUAUUAUAUUUGCUUCGGUGCUGGCGCUAAAUUCUUCAAUUAGAUAUAAUUGUUGAAAGAAAAAUUCUUAUUUAAAUAGAGAGAAAAAUAGGCCGCUAGUGGCAAAGUCCGAAAUUUUGAAUUAUAUAUUUCUUGUUAUAUUUAGUGCAAAUUUGUUCGAAAUUGUUGUGACGGUAUCAUUUAAUAAUAAAUCAGUCUAUAGAAAAACCUACUAUCGUUCCGCGCAAAUAUCUAAUACAUAUUUACAACAAAAAAAAGCGGUAGCUAAUGCGACAGAAAAAGUGAAAAUUUGGAUGUGUUUUUAGUAUCGGGUUGAGUUUGAGAGCAGAACAAAAAGAAAAUUACUUUAUAAGAAGGGUUAAAAAGAGGACUACAAAGGCAGCCAGCGCACGCACUUGUGACAGAAGAAAAAGGUUUAAAAGAGAAGGCAAUCGCGGAUAAAAUCACGCAAUAAACGAUAUUGAAUUAAUCGGCAUUUUGGUGAUUGAAAAAAAAAUAGUAUUAACGUAAUACUAUACUUAUCUCAUGAUUGAUUGUUAAUUGGGUUUUUUCAGUCAUUUAAGGAAGGAUAUUAAAAAAAUUUAAAUAAAACAAAAUCAGCAACGGUAACAGUCUAAAUUUUUGUGUAGCAGACAGCCAUUGAAAAAUAUAUACAGAAACAGAUAUUAAAAUUAUAUAUAUAAACUUAUAUAUAACAGCCAUAAAUAAAAGUAAAAACAGCUACAAAUAUGACUGAAGUUGAACAGCAGCCACCGCCACAGAAUGGCAUAGACCUUUCCGCUGCCGAAGAGGAUGAUAGCAGUAAAGCGCGUCCAGCCGAUAUUGAGCAGGAUAUGCGCGAAAUGGAGCGUCGCAAACGUGUUGAGGCCAUUAUGGGUUCGAAACUCUUUCGCGAGGAAUUGGAACGCAUCGUGGAUUCUGCACGUGAUGGCGGCGGUAUACUGCAACAGUUAUCGGACAUAAUGGGUGUACCGACAUCGACGCGUGUCGGUAAUGUCUUCAAGGCCACCAAUUGUAUGCUGCCAAUUAAUGAUAUACGCGGCGUUGAAUCGAUGGGUUAUGCUAAGGGUGAAAAGAUUUUGCGUUGCAAAUUGGCUGCCACAUUCCGUUUGUUGGAUCUCUAUGGUUGGACGCAAGGGCUGGGCGCACAAAUUACCGCUCGUCUCAAGGUCGACCAGGAGAAUUUCUUGGUGAAUCCGUACGGUAUGAUGUAUCAUGAGAUCACAGCGUCAUCACUGAACAAGGUUGAUAUGCAGGGACAGGUUGUGGAGCAGGGCACCACCAAUUUCGGAGUGAAUAAGAAUCACUUUGCCCUGCACUCGGUGGUGCAUGCUGCCCGACCAGACAUCCGUUGCGCCAUCUAUAUUGGAUGCACACCUGUCGUUGCUGUUUCCUCGUUGAAGGUUGGUCUACUGCCAUUGACCCGUGAUGCUUGUGUUUUGGGCGAAGUGACCACACACUCGUACACGGGCACUCAAAUGGAUGCCGAUGAACGUGAUCGCUUGGUGCGCGCACUUGGUCCCAACUCCAAAGUAUUGAUACUCAGUAAUUAUGGUGCAUUGUGUUGUGGUGAAACCAUCGAGGAGGCAUUCUUUGCUGCCAGUCAUAUUGUGAAAGCCUGUGAAACACAAUUACAACUACUGCCAGUUGGCGUGGAUAAUUUGGUAUUGAUACCGGAGGAAUCACGCAAAGCUAUUUAUGCUGAAGCGCGCCGCCCACCUGAGGAUUUAGAGAAGAAAUUCGCCGCCGCUGUGGCCACAGUUGAGGCAAAUGCUGCCGAGGCCGCUGCAGCCAUUAGCGAAGCUGGUGGUGCUGCUGUUACCGUAAAGUCCACCACCGGGGCACCGAAGUGGCGCGUAGGUGGUGCUGAAUUUGAGGCACUCAUGCGUAUGUUGGAUAACGCCGGUUAUCGCACCGGUUACAUUUAUCGCCAUCCGUUGAUCAAGUCGGAUCCUCCGAAGCCGAAAAAUGAUGUUGAGCUGCCACCAGCGGUUAGCUCUCUGGGUUAUCUACUCGAAGAAGAGGAACUCUUGAAGCAGGGCAUCUGGAAGAAGGGUGACCUACGCAAAGGUGGUGAUCGCAGCCGAUGGCUUAACUCGCCAAAUGUCUACCAGAAGGUUGAGGUACUGGAAACUGGCACGCCCGAUCCCAAGAAAAUUACAAAGUGGGUAGCCGAAGGGUCACCAACACACUCGACACCAGUACGCAUCGAAGAUCCCUUGCAAUUUGUGCCAGCGGGAACAAAUCCAAAAGAGUUCAGGCGCUUACAACAACAAAUCAAAGACAAUCGCCGGGCUGAUAAAAUAUCCGCCGGUCCGCAAUCACACAUCCUCGAGGGUGUUACAUGGGAUGAGGCCAAUCGUAUUAAGGAUGCGACCGUUUCAUCGGCUGGUGAUCAUGUUGUGUUAAUGGGCGCAGCCUCUAAGGGUAUCAUACAACGUGGCUAUCAACAUAAUGCAGCUGUUUAUAAGGCACCAUAUGCUAAAAAUCCAUUCGAUAAUGUCACCGAUGAUGAAUUGAACGAAUACAAACGCACGGUAGAGCGUAAGAAGAAGAGCAUUCAUGGUGAAUAUACUGAUACUGAUUUCUCCGAAUCGGAGCCACUGAGUUCGAUGCCAAUCUCAGCACCACCACAGACGAAACAAAUAACAAUCGCAACUGCCGCAGUUAGUCAAUCAGAACCAGAAGAUGUUUCAGAACAUCAAGUGAUGAGAAUAGAAACCCAACAAGCGCCAAUUCCAAGCCAAGCCGAAGUAGUAUUGAGCGAUGCCAUAGAAACUCCUGAUAAUUUUGCCGAAGAAGAGGGAUAUGCAAAGCUUGAGCAAUAUCAAAAGUUCAUCGAAAUUGCGAAUGCAUGCAAAAAUUUGGCUAUAAACAACAGCAACAGCAAUAAUAUUAAUUGCAACAGAAAUAACAACAACAACAAUCAAUAUGGUACGCAUGCGAAUGAAUAUUUAAAUGCGACUAAUAUGAAUGUUGCCACAGCUGAGUCGACCGCACAGCGAAUCUAUCAAGCCAACAAAGAGAAUAUCUUUUGUGGCAAUAACAACAACAGCAACAGCCACAUCAAACGCAAUCCGGCGCUAAUAGCCGAACUCAAGAAAGACACAUUAUUUCAGCGUCAAAAGCACAAAUUACAACCGCAAGAUUAUGAACUGUUAGAGUGUACAAAUAGGCAGGUCCAAAAUAGUAGCCAUACGCCGACAAAGAGUAGUGACAUUGAAAAGAGUUUAAGGGGCCGCGUUUGUGACAGUGGUGGCGAGACAGUUGCCACACAAUGCCAUGAGUUUUUGGGGGGUGAUCUGCAACAACGUGUGCAAGUAGAGUCGGUAGGUUUUCGUCCCAUACAACCAGCUGAGCAGUGUUCUAAUGCAGCCGAGACCAUAGCCCAACAACCGCAAUUUUGUUACAUCGAUCCCAAUAAUAAUAACAGUAACAAUUCCGGCGUUGGUGCUGGUUGUGCGCACACACAUCACCAUUGUGUACAUCAACACCAACGCCACCAGCAUGCCGCGCCUACCGUCGGCAUCGUUACUCUGCCAAAUUUCGAACAGACCUUCGGUCAUUUGUUGGGACGUUCAACAACAGAUUUGUGUGCCGUGUACUAUGACAACUAUGCGCCCGUCUACGAACAAGUCUAUGAGAAAGCCAAUACCGUGUCCGUGGCCACAACCGAUACAGAUGAAGCAGAGAAUCCCUAUAAAAAAUCACACGCCUGUUGCACGCCAGCUGUUUGUGACAGUAUUUUUGAGUCGUUGCGCCGACCGCCGGCGAAUGACAACAAUCUCAUCUUCAACAUACCGUUCACUACCGAAUCGCCUGAUACGACUAGCACAUCGGCAAACACACCACGCAAAACUCGUAUCGAUAUGCCGCAAAAGCACGCCGCUGCUGACGGCAGUGGUGGUAAAAACCAAGCACAAGCUCAAGCUACAACUAGUCCCUAUCGCACACUGUCGCACUUCGGCUUCAAUUCACCGCAACGCGAUCCACAGCCCGAUCACAAGCAUAUACCCUGUGCCAAAGAGCAAAAGAAAUAUGUGCCGUUACGAAAAUCGAUCUCUUACGAGGAGAUUUUUUCAUCGCCUCGUUAUGUCGAUCUCUGCGAGUAUUGCUUUGAGAAAAUCGUACGUCUAAAGCCGGAGGUGGCACAGCAAACACAAGUGCGUAUGCGUAAUUUAUGCGAUUAUAAUGGCACGGGUGGUGCUAUAACUGGACGUGUGCCGGGCAGUACUUGUCCAGGCAUUAUGUAUCAGUCCGGCUCGGAUGGUAUGGCUUACGAUUAUGUAGAGUAUGCCAGUUCAGACACCACCGAGGAAACGUUGCCGCCAUUCUCCUCACAACUCGAACCGGUAAUGGAGGUGGUGGAGGAAGUUGAGCCGGACAGCAAUGAAGAUGCAACCGUGAAAGCUUUGCCGCCUCCAACGUAUACACAAACACUUAAUCGUACAUCGUCCAACUCUAGUUUUAUUGAGAAGAUUAUGCGUCUAAACUAUUCCGAGGAGUCGGCGGAUUGGAGUUAUGCGCAUACGCCGCACAAAGUCGCCAGUAGCACUAAUCUCACAUUGGAGCUGGAGCGAGCCAUUAUGGAAGAAAGUCAAAAGCAGCAGCACCAACAAUUGGGUAGAGAUUGCGCGCCAGCUAUGGAAGAGAAACACAACAAUACCGCUCGUGAAUCCGAAGUGGAGUUGGUGAAUGCAGAGAACGCCCUAAAGCCUUAUGUAAAUAUCGAAGAACCGUCAGAUUCACAAAACACUAAUUCAGCAGAUCGUGGUAGUAUAUCCGUUACGGAAAUUUGGGAGUUUAUGCAAUGGCCCGAUGAAGCCACCCCAUCACAAGCGGAAGGUACAGAUCAGUGUACCGAAUCCACAACAAAACAAAAUCCAAAUAACGGCGCUAUUUGUUUAUACUAUGAAAAUGCCAGCGAGCGUAUGGCACACGGUAAUGAACCAGACGAUAAAGCAAAUCCACUUACUAACGCCACACCACAAACCCCUGAUUAUAGCGAUCAACAUAAUGCCUCCGGCACAACAUCUGAUAACUCGGACAAUCAGGAGCGACGCCGUUCAUUAAUGACGCGCGAGGAACGCACUCGCCGUAAGCUCGUCUUUCAGGAACUCUGGGAAGAUCAUAUAUUCUUUUUUGAUGGUAAGGAGUUAAAUUCAUUGAGCGAUACCGAGUCGGCCAUUGAUGGACAACAACAAGAGCGAGGCGUUGCUAGUGCACGUACAAUCGAGGAUGCGGCUGCAGACGAUGAUAUUGGUAACGGCAAUAUUGAUGCAGAAGAAGAAGGUGCGAGUGCGCAAAUUAAAGAGCAGUCUACAACGCAGCUGCUCGAGGCAGAAGUCUUUAAUAGUCGUAGCGUGAUUCUAAAGAAUUGCCCAAGCGGUACUGCAAUGCGUAUGAGUGAUGAUUAUGAGGAUUUAAAUAAGCUUACGAAAUCAGAGACGGUAAUGAAAUUGCAGACAACUGAAAUAAGACGAUUUUCAAUACACGACCUGGCACACGCUCGUAGAGAGUAUGAAGAAUCGGCAAAUCAGGCGGCUUUAAUGCUGACAAUGGAAUCAGUUGAGGGUAAAACUCAAGAUGUGUGUGAACAUUCAAUUAAUCAUAUUGAUGUAGUGACGAGACCGCGUUCAACAACAGCUGAGAGGCUGCCCACGCCGCAAACUUCAAGCGUCACCAUAACAGCUGAGACAAUUAAUUGCUCUGAAGCAUCUGGACGCAACGAGCCGACUACUGCAGGCCUAGAAAUAUAUGAGAAUGACACAGUCGUAACAACCACAGCAGGCAGAACUUUAGGAAAGACAAAGACCAAAAACAUGCAGCCCAUUGAAACGAAAACUGCGGAAGCAUCACAAAGCACGUGUAUUACGCCGAACUUAGUUCAUAAAGCAGCAACUCAACGAGCUUCGACACCGACACCUUCUUUUAACAAACUCAAGUGCCGACGACUCUCAGCACCACAGCCACAAACCACCAUAUUUGAAGCUGAUCUGAAUAAUUCAAAGGUGUUCGCAGUCACGGGCGGCAGAAGCAGAUCAGUAAGUGAUGACGAACAAUCAGCACGCACAUACAAUAUCAGUACCUCACAGGAGGGUUUGUUUUUUCGUGAAGAUCAGUUGGAUGAGAUUGCUGUUGACUCUGUUGGUGGUCGAAUGCAUAGAGAAAUUGACGAAACUGCUACCGCUUUAGUUGAGAAGAACGUAAAAAAAGACAAAGCUGGGCAAAGUAAUUUUGCCUGUACUGUGAAAAACCACAACGAGGGCACUUCAGAGCUGGAAGUAGCGAAAAUCUUGAUAAACGAGCUCAGGGCACCAACUGUGGAGCGGGCGAAAGCCGGUAUGGCAUUACCAAUCAAUGACCAAAAAAACAAGUUAGAUCACAAUCCCAAUACUGUCACAAGAAACAUACCGGAUGUUACACGCGUCGCACAACUUACCGCCGAGGCAUUGAACGAGGCCUCAAGUAAAGUGUAUACUGCACCUAGAACAACAAAACGUCCACGGAAAAAAGCUAAUGUGCUGAGCAAAACGUCGAGCAAUGAAGCUUCGACUUCUAUACAAGCCGCAGCACAACGUACAGCGAAAGAGUUGAAAUCAAUGUGCGAACCCAAAUUCGAAGAGUACGUGCUCUUCAAGCAAAACAUACAAUCGCCAACCUCACCGACACUUAGCGCCGAUUGCGAGGCCGAAGAUUAUUUACGACUAAUUGAUAAGGAUGAUAUGGAGUUCGGAGCACUUUUGGAAUCCGACGAACAUGAGGAUCUCACUAAAUUGAGCGAAGAGUUCGAAGAGCUGCUGUUGAACGUCGAAAAUUUACAGUUGCAAACUCAAACACGUACGCGGCAACGUGGCGGCGAAGCGGAUUAUGCGAUUACUGAUGUUGACGAAAACGAUAUAGAUGAAUCAGAUAGUCAUUUCAAUGCAAUGGAACGUACAAUAUUGCGAAAAAUUAAAGAAAAUCAACUGAAGGAGAGUGAGGAGAUCUUCGAUAAAAUCGAUACGACUAUACGCAAUAAAAUGACGACAGCACAGAUCGAGCAGUUGGUUAAAGAACAGUCGUUAAAUAUGACCGAACACAACGCUGAUGAGUCGCACAGUUCGCACAGCACAUUCACGGCAUCCACCUCUGAUUCCAAAUUUUUGUCUGCACACACCACUUUGGGAGAGUCGGGUGGUGAUAGCAUAGUGCGAGAGCAUGCUAUGAUUGAAGUGACUCAGGAAGAAAGCGAUGGCGACUUAGACUGCAGACGUCAUGCAAGCAGCGUUGGCGCAUGUGCAUUGAGAAUGCACACAUCCGCGCUCAAUUUAAGACGUUCGCGUUCACUAACACCGUCAACAGGAAAUUGCGAACUCUCACCACCGCCACCGAAGCUUAAUAAGACAACUACACCGCCACAAGAGGAGCGCAGGUCGUUAAGUGCGCGUGACGAUUUGGGCGGGUGUAAACAUAAGACUGGAGCACGCACCUCAAGCAGAUGGCCACGUGCCAGCAGUUCCACGCCCGAAAUAAAGUCCUUAAAACGUAAUUUCAUAUUGGAAAAUAUACGCAAUGCAUCCAUACCGCGACACGGUAACAGCGGCAACGGUAGCGAUGUUCGAGGUAGUUGCGUUAAACGCUUGCAGGGCAAUGCACAGGCUAUAUUUUGCAAGAAUCCCUUCGGACCGUUGAGCGCAAAGGGCGAUAGCGGAAAAGUGCUCUUUACCAACAUGUCCAAUAGCAGUUUGACCAGUUCGACGACAUCCUCUAGCCGUACGGUGGUGAAAAGUAGCAGCCAGACUAGCAAACAGUUAAGUCCACGCAAUUCCUCAACUGGCGUCUAUACAUUCCAAUCGAAGUUAGUGCGCGGUUCGCCACGUUUCUGGGUGAGUCUUACACAACCCAGCGUUAAAAAGCUGCAGGCGCAAAAGCGACGUAGACGUUCACAGCAUCGCACGUUUCGUGUGGGUCCAAAUGAUUCCACAGGCAGUUUGCGCGACUACGCUGAGUUGCGUGACAAUGAGCAGGAGAGUCGGGAAGAGGAGUAUGAGUUAGAAGCAUGUGAAGCGGGAAUUGUCUGUCAUGAAACUGGUGUUGCGCAGAAAGACACAACGGAUGCCGUUAUGUGCACCACAAGUGCUCAAGAAGAGGCUCAAGCAGUCGCUAAUGAAGGCGCUGAACUGUCAGUUGGCGGUACUGAUGGUGUACAGCACGAGCUCGAAGCUCUCGGCGAACAAAUACAACAAUUGCAACCGCGGCUCGACAAAUACAAACGUAAAAUGCGCGAUUUCGGUGAUCACGUGUCCAAGUGUACGCGUCAUAUGGACGACUGCAUCGCGGUGCAGGGUGAUAUUGUCGAAGAGCAACGCCAAUUGCGCGAACAAAUGGCGCUGCAGCAAUAUGCGGAGCACGUAAUGUGUCAAGUGCACACUUACUCCAUCUCGGAGACGGAGGAUUAGUGUGUUUGGGUGGUAGGGGUUAAGGGUGUAGGCGGGCAUGGAACAGCAGCUGACAAUUUUUUGUGUGACUUUUAUAGUUCAAUAUAUUUUUUUCCAUUUUUUUAUCAUUUUAUAAUCUGCAAAAUUUGAGAAUUUAAAUGAAGUAAUAAGCAGGUUUGUUUAAAUUUUCAAAUUUUUCAAUUGGAAAAUGUAAUCAAGUGACAAAAAGUAUGAAAAAGAAAUAAUUUUGAUUGAUUGAGACAUUUGAAGAACAAUUUUGUAAAAUUUACUACGAUUAAUGCUUAUAUAAUUUAACUUUUUGGCGGAAUUGAAUAUUAAUGGCACUCAAUAUGCGAUUUCUGAAAAUAAAUAAUAUUAAAUAAUUAAUAAUAAUUUUUCAAACCGCCUUUGAAUUUAUGAAAACAUUUUUUUUUUUUAAAUUUAAUUUUUAUAAUAUUUUUUUUUAAAUUAAGCCUUUUAAUAUGAAAUUUUACAUGCUUUUGUAAAUUUAUCUACAAACAAAAUUUAUAUUUAAAAAAUGUAAGUGUGGCAUAAAGAAAUGAUAGUCGUUCUCGAUUAGUGUUUGCUACAUAAUUGUAAUAUUUAUAUCUUUUUUUUCGAAUAUCCCUAAUUUUAAGUAUUUUUAUAUAAAUACUUACUGCCAAAUUUUCUUAAGAAAUAAAAAACCUUCACAAUCACCAAAAUAAUAAUUUUAAUAAUAAUUGUUCCAAUUACAAAUUUCGAUGAAAAAAAAUAUAUAUGUCUAUCAAAGAAUUAUAUACAUAUAUAUUUUUUUACUUUUUGGAUAUCAAUUUAAAUAAUUUGUACGCUCGAUUUUUCAAAAUCCAAGUGUGUGAAAAAUGUUCUCAAAUCGCAACUUGCAUGAAUUUCAAAAUUCAAUAGUAAUGAAUUAAAUAGACACAACUCUUCUAUACAAAAUAUACAUAAAUACCACGCAACUGUCUCGUCGAAUGUCACCAACGCUACCGCUGAAACUAAAUUGUACGCUCUUUCUAAAACCACUUCUUUUUUCCUGAAAAAAUAUGAAAUUUAUUUUUACUUUUAACUCCUUACUUAUUUGUUACAUACAAAAUUAUUUUAUACCAACUACUGGAUUAUUCUAAAGAAUAAUUUUCUGUUUUGUUUUGUUCGCUCAAUACCGUUAUUUAAUCAUAUUCUCUCCGUUUUUAAUACAAAAUAUUGAAAUUUUUAAAUACUCUCUAAAAUUGCAUUUAUAAAAUCCACACGAUUUUAUUUCUUAUAUAUAAAUAAUGCACAACGAAAUUUGUAACCACUUGAAAUUCUGCAAAAAAUAUUAUAAUAUUUGUGAAAUUGAAUUAUUUAACUGUUUUUGUAUUUUAACUGUGUAUAAAUAUUGCAUAUUGAAUGGGCUUUGGUUUUCUGUAUUUUCACAUAUAACCUCGUAUAUAUGUAUAUAAUGCACUCACAUACGUAAAUGUAUCAAAAUGUAAAUAUAUUAGACCAAAUGAAAAUUUGCGGUGUCAUCAAUUUCAUGUAUCAUUUAACUCAUCGCCAUUUUCUAUGUGUAAAUAUAUGUAUGUAAUUGUUUGUGCAGCAACAUGAA